AUGGCCAGCCAAGGACUGGGUGUCCCCGUCAAACUACUUCACGAGUCGCUAGGACACAUUAUCACCGUUGAGCUGAAAACGGGUCAGCUAUACCGAGGAAAACUUGCGGAAGCGGAGGAUAAUCUCAACAUCUCUUUGAGAGAUAUAACGGUUACUGGCCGCGACGGACGUGUAUCCCAGCUUGAUCAAGUGUACAUCAGGGGAAGCAUGAUUCGGUUCUUCAUCAACCAUCCUUCGGUCUUCGGUUAUUAUGAGGGGUGGGCUGUUGCUGUUGCUGUAGUUCAAGAGAGUGGGACCGAAUGCGAUGAAAGGGCGGGGUAUCGGUACAGCGCGCGGACGUGCGACUAUCAUGCGAGCACGCCGUGGGCGCGGAGUUGCGCCUCCCGCCAGAGGCAUUCGACGAUAGCGGGCGACAGCCGUUGGGAUUUCUCUCAAGACGUGCAGAUAUCGGACACAUUAGAAUUCUAA